AGCGGAAUAGCGGCGCACCAAGAUGGCUGGGACCCGCCUUCGCCGCCUGCAGAUAAGAUGGCGACGUACGAGAAGCGGCGGGCGGCGGUCACCCCGACCGCGGCGGCGGGCAGCGGGCUGGGGGACGAGGCGGAGUUCUUGCUGCAAGCUGACGUCACCGCCAUGGUGCGGGAGGCGCUGCUGAAGGUGCUGGAGGCGCGGCCGGAGGAGCCUGUCUCUUUUUUGGCCGACUACUUCGAGCGGUUGGUGCUGAGCAGCUCCGGCGCGGCGGGCGAGGCGGCCGCAGAGCUCUCGGGGCCGAUGCAGCGCCUGUCCCGGGCGCUGUGGUACGUGCGCCUGGCUCAUCACUCCCACAGGACGGCGUUCAACAACAACAUCAGCACGGCCUACGAGGUGCUGGGGGCCGGCGGGCGGCGGCGGAGGCUGGGCGUGGAUGGGCGGCUGUACAGCGAGCUGCUGCGGCGCAUCUGUCAGCAUGGGGACGCACCCCAGGAGGUGGCUGCCGAGCUGCUGCGUCGGGUGCAGUGCCGGGACCACGAGGCCGUGCCCUUCGACGUCUUCCGUUACGGUGUGCUCACCUGCUUUGUGCUGCUGGAGUUUGUGACCAAGGCACGGAUGCUGUAUGAUGUCCUGGAUAGCGGUGCCGGUGUGGCAGACAAGAGCGUCUGCCAGGCUGUCUUGUGUACGUUGGAGGAGGCGCUGGGAGCCAGCGGCCUCUCGGUGCCUGUCCGCUAUCUGGAGGCAGGCUCCAGGCUGGGGCCAGACUGCUUGGCCUUGGCCAUGGACCGGGCACUGCAGGAAAGGAAGCUCAGCACCACUAUGAGCAGAGAGGAAUUCCUGAAGAAAGCCACGGCUUUAUUCGUUGCAAAAGUGAAACCCGUUGAGUAACGUCAGGUGGGAAUAACGUUUGCUGGAUUCCCUGCGUGUUUCAAGCAGCACUUUGUGCUGUGGAGAAGGCUCUACUCCCUGAAGCUGGCUGGGCAGCGAGGCUCAGGUGAGCGACUCAGGUGAGCCCUGAGAGACUGCUGAUUUCCAUGCUCCAUUUCUUGCUCUGAGCAGUACCAGUGCCCACUCACCUCUAGAGCUUGGUGUUCCCAUGUCCUGGUGUGCCUCUCCUGAAUGUAGCUCCUCUAUUUCCAGCUGGCAUCAGAAAACCUUUUCUAGGCAUUAAGUGGGAACUGUAAACUGUUGGGCAGUUUUACUAAUUAAAAACAACGCAGAGUGAACUAACUGUGGGUCUGGAUCUCCAGCUAUCCCGUGGUGCCAUUCUAGGCCUGACGAAGCUGUGUUUGUGCAGCUUCAAUGAGGAGUGUUGCCUUUACAUUUGGCUUGGUUUCAUCCCUACCUCUGAAGUAUGGGAUGAAGCCUAUCGUGAGGACUCACAGGUGAACAUAGGGUUGACGUGAAGCAUGAAAUAAAGCAUUACUUGAUAGACAAAGCGUUUUAAAUGCAUAGAAGAUAUGUGGCUGGCUGGGAGGAGCUGCUUGCUGGUGCUGGAAAGCUGUUGGCAAACAGCUGCUCUCGCUCUUUCCUUGUUCUGUGUUUACCAAACCGCCUCCAGCUCUGCAAUCCAAGUGUUGGAGAUGAAGGUUCAUACUUGAACGCUGAUUUUCCCAAGGGAAACUGCUGAUGUGGGACUUUAAGCACCAAAAGACAAAACAAACUUCAUUCCUUUAGAGGUCGCUUUGCUUUUGAGGCGUGUUGAGCCGCACAAGUAUUUAUUUGUAUUUAUCUCUUUUAAUUAUGCUGUGCAAUGAUUGAUUUACUGCCAGACAUUAAAGCUUUGUCUUAUUUUUA